AGGUCUAAUCUUUUAAGAAACCGAUACUUUUUCCCGAGAAAUACCAUGCCAAUCAACACAAUCUCAACAAUGGUGGUGUCCUUAUGAAUCACGGCCUCGACAUUAGACGUCUGUUUCUCCAUAUUCUACCGGACUGUCAAAGAUGGUGGUGGUGAAAAGCUGCUUACCCUCAAAGAAACCAUCUACAUGACAUUCACCAAUCUCUUUCAAUAAUAACCAUCAUUUUUGGGUCUCUGUAAUGUGUUACUCUAUUUCUAUCUCCAUGAUCAUUCGGACAAGAGAAUGAAUCCAGCUACCAGUGAAUCCAAGCAUCUAGCUUUGCCACCAGGUGUAGAUGAUUGUAUUUGGAGAGAGAUCCCUCCCGUGGACGUCUUAUUCUGUGAAAUGUUUGAGAAAUUGCCUCUUCCAAAUUUCGGUACGGCUUUCCAUUGUUCCCGUUUGAAAGUUGCAAAUUUUGAUGGAUUGCUUGCUAUUAUUCUUUACCAAUGGCAGUCUCCAGAGAAAUGGUUUGAUAUUUGGGUGAUGACUGAAUAUGGUGCGAAAUCAUAUUGGGUCAAAAGAGGAAAGACUGGACAUAUUUCUCUUAUCCUGAUUUGUAUUGAUGAUAUUCUGUCAACAUGAUGUCUCAUGUUUAUGGUCUGCUCUUAUUGGAAUCUGUUCUGCCCUGCUCACUUGUUCAUCAACCACGGCUAAAGUUCCCAAAUUCACUUGUUGAAGCUGGUGUUCUUUUUCCCAAAUUUAGUCCCUUAUUGAUGUUGUGCUUUCCAACAAAUGCUGAAAUAGACGUUUUGAAAAUGAUUGAUUUCACUUCAAUUUUCAACAUCAAAAUACUGAAGGGGCACUUUUACUUGUAAUACCAUGAUCUCCAACUCUCUGUGCUUAUGCCUGUUGACAUGUUGUGCUAUUGCUUUGUCUUGCAAUCUUUUGAAAUACAUUUUAGCUGUCUUUUAUCUUCUCCAUCUCUAUGCCUCUCCGAGAUGUGGUUUGAUACCACCAGGACCCUCAUUUUGAACGCUGCUCCUGGAUUGUUCUUUGUUGUUCCUCAUAUCAUUUACGUU